AUGACUUCUCUCCCGAUCCCCGGCCACACGUUGGAGCCGGAGACCGCAACCAGCGCAACUGCCAAGCUUGAAGAGACAUCCAAGGAGCAGCCUACCAUGUCGGCUUCGAAGGCAGACUCCGAGACGACUGCUGUCAGUAUGGUGCCCAACGCCGACAAUGAAAAACCAGAGCCAGGUGCCGAGUACGUCACCGGCUUGAAGCUCGCCGUGAUCGUGGCCGCCGUGUCAGUCGCGAGUUUUCUAAUGUUACUUGACACUAUGAUAGUCAGCACGGCAAUCCCACGCAUCACCGACCAGUUCCACUCCCUGGCCGACGUGGGCUGGUACGCGAGCGCGUACCAAUUCGGGCACUUGGCCCCGGCAGGUCUCACCGGGAGGGUCUAUACUCACUUCAACACCAAGUGGGCGUUUCUGGUGUUCUUCGCGAUAUUUGAGAUCGGUUCCGUGCUCUGUGGCGCGGCCGUCUCAUCUGCCAUGCUCAUUGUCGGCCGUUUCGUGGCGGGCUUGGGCGCGGCUGGUAUCGCCAAUGGCUCCAUCACCAUAGUGUCGAGUUGUGCACCCAUUGAGAAGAGACCUGCUUUGCUCGGCAUCACCAUGGGAAUCAAUCUUCUUGGGCUUGCUGUGGGACCUCUCAUCGGAGGAGCCUUUACAUCAUAUGCUACAUGGCGUUGGUGCUUCUAUGUCAACUUGCCCGCCGGCGCCCUCGCGGCAGCCGCCAUGGUCGUGCUCCAUAUCCCUGAGCAGCAGACAAAGCAGAACCCCUGGUCGCUCCUCCCAAGGCUGCAUCACCAUCUCGACCUCGUCGGUUUUGUUCUCUUUGCCCCGGCAAUCCUGAUGCUCCUUCUCGCUCUGCAAUUCGGCGGCGAGAGUCAUCCAUGGAACUCGUCCGAGGUAAUCGGCCUUUUCUGCGGCUCAGUCGCGGUAUUCAUUGUCUGGUUCUUCUGGAACCGCUACCGGGGUGAUGAAGCUAUGAUCCCCUACUCUAUAAUCAGCCGCAGGGACGUCCUCGCGUCUGGGGUCUAUGAGGCCUUCCUCAUGUCGGCGGUUUACGGAGGUAUCUACUACCUGCCAAUUUAUUUCCAAGCAGUAAACAACGCCAGUGCCAUGUUAAGUGGUGUUUAUCUCCUCCCCAUGAUCCUUGCACAGCUAUUCAUGGCUGGCGCUGCUGGUGGUGCUGUGACGAAAAUUGGCUAUGUCAUACCAAUAGCAGUCUUCUCCACGGUUUUUCUUUCUGUUGGGAGCGGCCUCUACUCCAUCCUUGGGCCUGGAAGUCCGACGGGCGAAUGGGUUGGUUUUCAAAUCAUAGCUGGCUUUGGCUCUGGUGCUGGUCUGCAGCUGGCCAUCAUGGCAGUCCAAGCUGCUUUGGCAGGGGAAGAGUUAUCCUCUGGGAUUGCCUUUGUCAUGCUCACCCAGGCUCUCGGCCCAACCAUAACGUUGACGCUAUUCAAUGUUCUCUUUACCACGAGCCUCAAGUCCGGAAUUCGUCAGCAUGUGCCUCACGUCGAUGCCAGAGCCAUUAUCAAUGCCGGUGCCACCGCCUUCCGCAAUAUCGUGGCUCCCGAGGAUCUAGAUGGGGUGCUAAGAGCAUAUGCUGAAAGCCUGAACAAUGUUUUCUACCUUACCGCAGGUCUGGCUGCGGUAUGUAUCAUUCCUUUGUGGGGCAUGGGAUGGUAUGACUUGCGCAAGAAGGAAGAGGAUUCUGCGGCAGAGGGCCAAGGAAAGGUCGACAGCAGCCUGGCAUAG